AUGGAUGACUGGAGUUUGUUAAGUGAGGUGAAUGUAUUAGCAAAAUUACCGGAACAGUUCAACGAAUGGUUGGAAUCAAAAAAAUGGACAGAAAGACGUGAUGCUCUGCAGGCAUUGGUAAAUGAAAUGGCUAAAACUCCUCGGCUUGAUUCGAAGGUUCUUGCAAAAGAUGCGAAUAUUAAUGUAUGUGCUCUCGCAGCAAAGUGUAUCACAGGUCUUGCAAAUGGUCUUCAAACGAAGUUUGCACAGUUUGCUACACUGUAUAUCCCAGUCAUUUUCGAACGCUUCAAAGAAAAGAAGUCAAUCUUGCGCGAUCCUCUAAUUGAAUGUAUCGAUGCAAUAGUACUCACAGUCAAUUUGGAUAUGUUGGUAGAUGAUCUAUCUGAUUGUUUCAAUAAGCCAAAUCCGCAAAUCAAACUGCAAGCAUGCAACUUCAUUUAUCGAGUGAUGAAGAAUCAUAGCCAAACAUCAGCACCCAAAAAAACUAUUAAAGCUUUGGCACCAAUCCUGGUUAAGUUUACGGCUGAUCCAGAUUCAGAGGUGCGAGAAGCAGCAUGCAUUGGUCUUGGAUCAAUUAUGCGUCUAACAGGUGAUAAAGUAAUGAACACAUUCUUGGGAAAUUUGCAAGAGGAUAAAAUCAAAAUGAAAAAGAUAUGUGAUAGUAGAGAUCAAGCUACCAUUGAAUAUAAUGAAGAAGCAAAGCGAAAACAAGAAUCGGUGUCCUGUGGAAGUGUUGUACUUCCUGGU